AUGUCAUCACCACCACCAGAAUGUCCAAUGCAUUCCUCUUCCUCCACUACCACCUGCCCAUAUACAUCGUUUUCCAAACCUCAAACUCACUCGGGUGAUGCUCUAUCACCUGAGAAUCAAAUGCCCAAUCUAUCCCAACUGCCAGCGCCAAAUCAACGCAUUAGCCUCCCCACAGAUCGAACAAUAUCAUCUAUUCCCAAAGCAAGCUCUUCGAAUUACUGGGAGUAUCCGUCUCCACAACAAUUUUACAACGCCCUUGUUAGAAAAGGGUGGGAGACGCCCGAAGAAAGUAUUGAGACUAUGGUAGACAUACAUAACUUUUUGAAUGAAGAAGCAUGGAAUGAGAUUUUAAAAUGGGAAAAGGAGAAGUGCGAGUGUGCCGGAGGACCAAAACUACUGCGUUUCAAAGGUAGACCACAAGACUUAAGCCCGAAAGCAAGAAUGUUACAAUGGGCUGGCAAGUUACUUCCUUCGUUUAGCACACCAUUACCAUUCGACAGACAUGAUUGGACAAUCGAUCGCUGUGGGAAGCAAGUUCGUUACGUUAUAGAUUAUUACGCUGGUCCCGAUGAAGGUGAUACACCUGUGUUCUACCUGGACGUACGCCCAGCAUUGGAUUCUUUCGAGAGUGUAACCGACCGGAUUAAGGUUGUUACAAGAAACACGUUCGAGAGGUUGAGAGAGCGGAUAGAGAGUAGAAAUAUUACGAGUGGGAGAGGGAACGGAAGUGGUGAAAGGUGA